UUGAACACCUCUUCUACAUGAAUCUUUGCAAAAAUGAAAUCAAAGGCUUUUUUGGCAGUGUACUGUUACUGCUUCAGCUGACAUUGACCCGGCAGCAGAGGUGGCAGGAGAGUGGAUAGUGCCUAAAAUGAGGGAAUAACAUGAGGGAAAGAGCUGCAGCUUGGGCUUGAAGUCAGGCUUCCUGCUAGAGAAUUAAAGUCUCCACCAACAUGUGAUCAAUUUCUUUGACUUCCUCCUUUUGGAGUGGCUGCGCUGAAUACCAGAGUACAGGAUAUGCUUCGCAGUGCCUCUCAGUUUCACAGCAGCAGCAGAGGCAGCAGAGGCAGAGGCAGCACUUACAGCACUUACAGCAGCAGCAGCCGCCGAGAAGACGACACACUCUGCAGUCAAGAUGAGUGCUGGGGAUGUGGUCUGCUACGGCUGGCUCAUUAAAUCCCCUCCGGAGAAGAAGCUAAAGAGAUUUGCCUGGAGAAAACGCUGGUUUGUGCUCCGGAGAGGUCGAAUGAGUGGUAACCCCGAUGUGCUGGAGUACUAUCAGAGUAAGAACUCCAAAAAGCCCAUCCGCACCAUCGACCUGAAAGAGUGCGAGGUGGAAAUGCUGAACGGACAGCUCAGGAUAAAACGAGACUUUCACGGGAAGCACCUCUUCGUGGUGAAGACGUCAUCUCGAGUUUUCUACCUGGUGGCCAAAACAGAGGAGGAGAUGAACUGCUGGAUCAGCAGCAUCAGUCAGAUCUGUCAGUUUGGGAGCCUGGAGGAGGCAGAGAGCUCAGAAGAAGGCUUCCCUCACACCCCCAUCUCCCUCCAGCCGUCCCCUGACAGCUCCGACAGGGCGUCUGUAUCCAGCCAGCUCGAUUCCAGUCACCCACUGGACUACCUGUUACUCGCCCAGUGUGAGACGGGGAGUGUGAGCGCUAGUCGACUCAACAGCUUCUCAAACUCUGAGAUCUCUCUGGAGCAGAAGUCAUCAGACGAUGCAGUCAAAGACAUCGUCCCCUCACCUCUCUACACCGAUUCCUCUUCCUCCUCCAUUUCUCACGCCCCCAGUCUCACUCCACCCAUCUUCCCCCAUGGAAGAUUGACUAACCCCCCUUUCAGCGCUCCAUGCACCUCCCUGGCUCUGCCUUCUUCCUCCUCCUCUCCCCUUCUUCACUGUGCCACAAGCGUCUUCCAGUUCGACAAACCUUACUCUUCUGCGUCCUUUGAGGCAACGAGUGACACACAGACGCCUCCUCCGCUGCCACCGAAACCCAACCACCUGUCAGAGCAGCAAAGUGAUGAAGGAGCAAACAGGACAAGGGCGAUGAGCACACAGCAUUUCUUAAGUCACGGUGCUUUGUUCUCGCGGAGGACGUCAUUGUCAGGCCUGGACCAUUUCAGAAUAGGAGAUGCUGACGGUAGAUUGAUACAGAACAGAAGACAGAGUCUUAAUCUGCCCUGUUUGAGUACUGUACGAUUUCAAAGCUUUGAGGAUGAGUCAUAUGUUCCCAUGGCUUCUCCUUCUCCCCCUGUUACCGCCACUGAAUGUGAUGGUUACAUCCCCAUGAGCCCCAGGACAUUCAGCUUCCUCAAUACAAACAGCAACAUCGAGUCAUCCACACCUCUGACACCGCUGAUGUGUCAACCUGCAGAUCUCGCACCUCCUCCAAUUCACCGACAUUUAAAACCACGUUUGAGGCGAGUUCGACCCCCACCUCUUGACUUGACAGGACUCUCAACAAUCACAGAGUGUCCCACUCACCUUCCUCUGAGCAGAGCUAUGACUGAAACAUGCUUUUCAACGAAGUUAUUACCUCUUGAAAGAAGACCUGAGAACGGGGAACACCCAAGAGAUGAAAACAAAAACUGCACUGAAAUGGAGUCAAUGAAACAUUUCUCUCUAACUUUUGAUGGAGCUGUUCAGCCGUGGGCGAGAAGAUCAAACCUCGACUAUUUGUCACUGGAUUUCAAUUCAGCAUCGCCCUCUCCUGUGCUGAAGAAGCCCUUUCUAUCUGAUGAGAACAGAGUGGAUUAUGUGAAGGUCGAUGAGAAGAAGACACAGGCACUGCAAAAUACCAAAAUGGAGUGGACAGAUGUGCGACAAUCAAAAACAUGACUUGAAAAAGACAUGAUGAAGAAAAUCACCACCCCUUGUUUCAAGAGGACCAUCAGUAACACCAGCACAGGAGAAAACUGCGGACCAAAACCAUUUAAAAGCACUUUGAAAAACAGUAUCAAAAAAGCACAAGAGAAAGUAAGCAGUUGUAUGCUUGUUUACUGGGUAAAAACUCAAAAUUGCACUGUAAAAACUUUAUUUACUCUCAGUUGACCUGAUCUCUACUGUAAAUAAGACCAAACCGUGCACUGCAUCACAAUGAUUUUUACUGUAGCAUAAUGUUUUACCAAAUUUUGAAAAGGGCAUCUUAUUGCUGUACUGUCUGUAUGAUUUGCUUUGAAUGUUUGUUAUUUAGUGUUUGUGGCUGCAAAGAAGAAAAGUGAUUUUUUUUUAUGCCCAUGCCCCCAAACACACAGACUUUGUAACAGAACAUCAAUAAUCCAGUCUGAGAUCCCUUUUUUCUCUUUCUCCUGAAAUGAACUGCUCACAGAAAAGGCUUAGUGACUACUCUCUUCUUGCCUUUAGGGUUAAUAUUACCGGUAUUAACUUCAUUUGUUAAAUUUCAAUGAAGAAAAUUGUAAUGACCCAAACAAUAAUUUUCCCCUUUAAAAAAAUUCAAAUUUUAUUUAUUGUGCUUUCUUAUUUAUUUUAUUUUAAUAUGUGUUCUGUCUUGUUGGCGCAUCUUCACUGCUGGCAUGUUCUCAUGUUUAUG